AUGAUUUACGGAUACGCAGAGAAUGGGUUUCACCGUGAAGCCCUCAACAUGUUUUCCCAAAUGCGGGUAUCAGGUUGGAUCCCAAAUUCUUUCACAAUGGUUGGAGUUCUUGUUGGCUUGAAGGGCAUACAGGAUCCGGUUGCUGGAACAUCUCUCCAUGGACUAAUAGUUAAAACUGGAUUGGAGUCCAAUCUGAUUGUGGGAACUGCCAUGUUACAUACUUAUGCUAAAUGCGGAAAUAUAAGGGAUUCGUAUAAAUUCUUUCAGCUGAUGAACAACCCAAGUUUGGUCACUUGCAACGCAAUGAUCGGGGGACUUAUCCACAACGAACUGUUUGAAGAAGCAUUUGCAGUGUUCAAUCAACUCCAGUUGUUUGGUCUAUGGCCAAAUUCUGUAACUAUGUUGAGUAUUAUCCAGGCUUGUAUUGCUUUAGGCACGCUUAUAUUGUCUGAGUCAAUCCACGGUAUGGUUGUCAAGAGGGGGCUCUGUUCAGAUGUUGCCCUGGCUAAUUCCGUUCUCAAUAUGUAUUCUUGUCUGGAGGACUUGGAGGCAGCUACAAAAAUUUUCACGCAUAUGGAAUCUAGUGAUAUUAUCAGUUGGACGACAAUGAUUGGUUUGUUGGUCCGUACUGAAUAUGCCCAUGAGGCGCUUAAUUUGUUUUGUAGAAUGGGAUGUAUUGGGUUCAAUCUGGAUACAACAGUUUUAAUGAAUCUUGUAAGGGCUUGUGCCCUGUUGGGGGACCUUAAGAUGGGUAAAUCAAUUCAUGCUCAGUCUAUAGUGAAUGGGUUUGGAUGUGAUAUCCCUCUUUCAAACUCCAUUAUUGCAAUGUAUGCCAAGUGUGGAGAUGUGUAUUCUUCUAGAAAUGUGUUUAACCAGAUGUUGGAGAAGAGCUUGAUUUCUUGGACAGUUAUGAUAUCAGGCUAUGUGCAGAAUGGAGGUUCCAUGGAUGCACUGAAUUUGCUGGCUAAAAUGAGACUGGAAGAGGAUUUCAAUAUUGAUCCAAUGAUGUUGGCCAGUUUGCUAACAGCUUGUGGUGAAAUUGCUGGUUUAGAGCCUUGCAAGCAGCUCCAUGGCCAUGUUUUCAAUGCUGGCUUUGCCCAAGACAGGUUAGUUCAGAAUAGUCUAGUAUCAGCAUAUGCAAAGUGUGGGUUUGUGGAGCUGGCUUACCGGGUAUUUGAAGAGAUGCUUUGUCGAGAUAUAGUCUCAUGGAAUACAAUUAUAUCUGGAUAUGGGAUCAAUGGCCAUGGAGAAGAUGCUAUUGCUCUCUUUAAGGAGAUGCAGAGAGGUGAAGAAAAUCCAGACGGCAUAACCUAUCUGAGUGUUCUCAGUGCUUGUGAUCAUUCUGGGUUGGUGGAUGAUGGGUUAAUGAUUUUCAAACAAAUGGUGGAAGAGAAGAGAAUUAGGCCAACUGCUGAACAUUGUGGGUGUGUGGUUGACAUGCUUGCACGAGCUGGGCGUUUAUCCGAUGCCAGUGCUUUUAUUAGCAUCUUCUCAGAUGGUGGAGGUUCAAACAUAUGGAGGGCUUUGCUUGGUGGUUGUUGUAUUCAUAGCAAAACAAUGCUGGCCAAACUUGCUGCAGACAAGGUGUUUGAGCUGGAAUCGGAAGGGUCAAGUCAUGCUGUGCUUCUUUCGAACAUAUAUGCAUCGGUUGGGAGGUAUGAAGAUGCCGAAGUCUUGAGAUUGAAUAUGACGAGGAAGGGGUUGAUAAAGAAUCCAGGAAUGAGUUUUCUUGUAGGAUUUCGACCGGAUUUUGGUUAG